AUGAUAUCAGUACCAGUUAAGUCUUCUGGCCCUCAUGUCACCCGAGGGUCACUAAGCGAUGCAAGUACACUUGCAAUUAGCAAAAGAAGAUCGGUACAAGAAUUAUUCAACGCGAUGAAAGAACAGUCGUCAUUAGCACGGCCCGACCGGGAUCGUGAUCUCCAAAGAUCUAACAGCAGUGCAGCGGCACUUAGCAUCGGAGCAGACAUAUCACCGAGUUCCUCGCACUUCUUCGAAGUACUUUACGUCGGUAAAAUUAAAUUAUCACAUCAGAAAGUACCAGAGUCAUUUAUCGACGAUGCUAUGGUCAAGUUCAGGGCUUACGGCCUUGACAAAUCAAAGGCUACUGUCAAUAAUUUGCUAGCCGAGUGUCACCAGCUUAAAAAUCAGGCUGCUGAUAAUCCUGAGGCUAAUAGUGAUAAUCGCCGCAAUAGUGGUGACUCGGUAACAAGUGAUCUGGGAAGCACAGACAAUGUAUCAGCAUCAGGAAGCAUAAUCUCACCAUCAACACCGAUAGGAAUGGCAGCACCUCUAGGUGGCUCGGUGGAAUCUCUCCCGGUGCCAAGCGACACUCAGGAGAGCCAGAGCCCAAAAAAAGGCAGAAGCUCAACAAUGCCUGUCCCAGAAAUGAUGAGAAGUAGAGCAGCCUCUACUGGAAGCGUGCUAGGCCCGAGGAGAGAGUCCUCGGUCAAAGGAAACGAGGACCACAAUCGCACUAUGCUAUUUCAGGUGGGACGCUAUGAUUUAAGACUUAUUAGUCCAGAUAGAAAGCAAGUGUUGUUUCACAAACAGCUGAAAGACAUCGCGAGCUGCGUUCAAGGUCUUAAAAAUCCAGAGCACUUUGGUUUCAUUUGCCGUGAAGUCAAUACUGAUGGUUUUGUUGGGUAUAUUUUCAAGUGUCAGUCUGCUUCUGUUGCUGAUGAUUUGGUUGGUGCAAUAACGCAGGCGUUUAUAGCAACAUGUCACGGCAAUAGCACAAAAAAAGAGCGCCACCAAGUAUUCUCCUGUGAGCACUGUCCAAUGGUCUGGUACAACAAACUCUGCCAGGAGAUAGAAGGCCAAAAUGACCGGCGUGUCCAGUCAAUAAUAUUCUCACGUCUGGAGAUGUUGCCCGAAGAUGAGCAAGAAAUCGUGGUGACCAAGUACAAGGGCGCGGAGGCCGCGGGAGGCUCUGGCCGUGAGUUCAGUUUACGUGAGCAAAAUCAAUUUCUAAUGCUGCUGCUUCGCGCCCACUGCGAGUCCAAGCAGACUCGCCACGUCCAUGACACCGCCGAAAAUCGCAGCGAGUUUUUAAAUCAGUACUUGAGUGUCGGCGUCGGCAGCACGAUCUUCAUGAAGGCCAAGCGCUCGCUCACCAACAGCUUCGACCACCUGAUGAAGCGCAAAGGCUCGCGUGAUGAUUUUAACCUUGCUGCUCACCACAUACGUGAGACGACUUCGAUGUCCAGAAGCGAUCGGCAGAGUCCUGUUGGGAUGAGUAAUUCCUCAAUUCCUGAUUCCAUUUCAGAGUCCAGUAGGCCAAGAUCGCUACGGGUUUCACCAGAGCAACAAUUGGUUGUUAAUACUGGACCCAAAAGCCCGAUGAUGGACAUCUUCCUAAAAGUAGGAAACUCACCCAAGAUGUCCCCGAUAGAAUCUGAAGAAAACAGCGGUCGUCUUCAAUCCAGCAGUUCCUGGCGCCAGGCGAUUCUAAACCGCGUAGUAACCCCGGGAAAGGACCAAGACACGCGAGACGGCGACUCAUCCUCAUUAAAAUCGCAGUCUCUCCCCGCAGUAAAACGUACCAGCGAGGAGCUGCGCGAGCUCUGGAAAAAAGCUAUAAACCAGCAAGUGAUCCUGAUCCGAAUGGAGAAAGAAAACACUCGCCUUCGAGUCCGCCAAGAAGAAGCGACAAUGAAGCGCGUGAAACUAGAGUACGACGAGCUGAGUAGCUGCGCUCGAGAAUUAAUCGACGUGUGGGACCUGUUAGUGAGCAAGCAGUCGCGAAUCUCCACGAAGUGCGAUUCAAAAAUGCUCCUCCAGGCCAUAAAACAAGGAGUACCUCGCGGAAAGCGCGGUGAAGUCUGGCAGUUCCUCGCGGAACAAUUCUGCCUAAAUCAGCCUCCAAUAGACACCCAAGAAUUCCCAAACUACAACACACCAUACGAGCUGCUACUAAAACAACUUACCUCGCAGCAGCACGCGAUCCUGAUCGACCUAGGGCGGACCUUCCCGAACCACCCGUUCUUCAGCUCCGCCCUAGGUCCAGGCCAACUGGCACUCUUCAACCUCCUCAAAGCUUACUCUCUCCUAGACCACGAGGUCGGCUACUGCCAAGGGUUGAGCUUCGUCGCAGGAGUCUUGCUGCUGCACAUGUCAGAAGAUCAAGCGUUUUUCCUCCUGCGGCACCUGAUGUUCCGCCGCGGGCUCAGGAAGCUCUACCUCCCGGACAUGGCAGCCCUCCAGCUGCGGCUCUACCAACUGUCCCGACUCCUCCACGACCGUCUUCCCUUGGUCUACAGUCACUUCGACAAACACGAAGUCUCUCCGACUCUCUACGCAGCUCCCUGGCUGCUGACUCUGUUCGCCAGCCAGUUCCCGCUGGGCUUCGUAACCCGGGUCUUUGACCUCUUGUUCCUGGAAAGUUCUGAAGUAAUCUUCCGCGUGGCGCUAGCUCUGCUGGAGGAACACCAGGAACAGCUGCUGCUCUGCGACAGCUUUGAGGAAAUAAUGGAGUACUUGAAGGUCAAGGUUCCAGCUGUGGACAAGGCCAUGCUGGACCGGGUCAUGAAGCAUGUCUUUUUACCAGACACAGAGAUCUCCAGACAGUUAAAUGAGUACAGAGUAGAGUACCAAGUUCUCCAGGAAGAAAUGCUGUCGGUCAAGCCGCAAAUUGAGAACAUUGAAAAGCUGGAACUGAUGAACAAGCAGCUGACCCAACAGAACAGUCGCUUGACCAGUCAGCUGGAGGCUGCGGUGGCUAGUAUCCAGCGCCUGGAGAACCGGGGAGUCUCCAGUAAUUCUGUUCAUAAGUUAGAGUCCCAAAAUCGCAGCUUGGAGGUCACUGUAAUGACUCUUGGGUCAUUUAUCCAGCAGCUGAUUGAAACUCGCACUGACUUGGAGGUUCCUGGAGAUGUCCGGAGGAUUCUAGGUCAACUCAGUGUCGCUCAGCGGAGAAAUAAUUCAACCUUGGGUUCCAAUAGGUCAUUUCCUUUGAAGGUUAUUGAGGAUAAUAAUAAUAGGUAUGAACCUAUGAAGAGUAACUCUACUGGAGGAGGUCGAGGUAGUGAAUUGUUGGCUAAAAAUUUGUUGAAAAAUUCCAUGGAACCUCCCUACCCGCUCAAGUCAGCGCUGAGCCAACCUAACCUAGGAACAAAGCUGGAGAAAAUGUCCUCCUUUUUUGCGACUUCGCACAACCACAUUCGCCAACAGAGGGCGCAGAUAGCCGCGUUUAGAAACAAUGACGGGUUGACUUCUAUCAAUAAUAGUAUUAAUAAUAAUAGUUUUAAUAUUAAUAUUAAUAAUAAUAAUAAUAAUAAUAUUAAUUUGAGUAAUAACAAUGAUGAAAACGACCCCAAGACGGUUAAUAUUGACAUCCAGGUGACGGAUACGGUGGGGAUUACUAAUGAAGGUUCGGGGAUUCAAAAUGAGGCUAACUUGAAAAUUGACUCGGUUGGAGUGUUGGAGAAGUCCACUUCGUUGCCCCUCAAUGCUAAGAUGAAGCUCAAGCCUACCAAGUCGGCGUAUGAGUUGGGGUCGGUUAGGAAAAUUCCGACUACUAAGUUGGAGGAUACUGAGGGUGUGGGGAUCCUCACUGGGACUGUUCAUCCUCUGGAUACGUGCAGUGAUGUUAAUUUUAAGUACGGAGGCACGACCAAACUUAAGUCGAUUAAACCGGUUAGGAUGAAUCCUGUUACUCUGGCGACUAUGGCUGAGGUUCAGGUUCAGAAACAGGAAAAUAAUAAUGAGUUAAAUCCGACGGAAAUUGUCACGAGAUAA